AUGAAUGUUGAGGUCAAGUCGGCGUCACCAGAAGUUUGGGCUGAUCGUAAAUCUGCAUCUCCAGCCAACUACUUCUCGGACGCGCCCGUCACCGCCGAGUGGCCGAUGCUCGAUAAUACACAUCUGAUCCUACGCUAUGCGGAGCGGAUCGUUUGGUUGGUCAAGUGCUGGGUGCCGUCGGAAAGUUUGUUCCUUCUCCGUCGUUUGCUGGGCGUUCGCACAGAGGACGAAAAACAAACCAAAGUCUCAAAAUUCGCCAAGAAUGAGCUCCUAGUCAUUAACAUUGGUGCAACAUCGACUGGCGGACAAGUACUGAACAUGAAAGGGGAUCUUGAGAAGAUUCAAAUGACCUCACCCACAUGUACCGAAGUUGGGGAGAAGGUUGUUCUCAACUGCUCCCGACGUAUUGGCACCAAGACAUAA